GAAGGUAGGCACAUAUGUGACUAGCCUGCCCCCUCACACUGCCAGUCUUCACGCCACUGACUGGUGAUCACUUCUCACUUCAUCCCGACCAUCAGAGACUCAAUGGAGCGGGAAGGGGCAAUGUUGUCAUCAGCCAGGCAAGAAAACAGCCCGGAUACACUGGAGAAUGGAGUGAUGGAGCUAGAAGGGGAAAAGAGACGGUUGGAGAAACGACUGCAGGAGACAAAGGAGGUGCUGGUGUGCCGCGUAUGUCUGGACCGCCCUGUGGCAGCUGUUUUCAUGCCAUGUGCUCACCUCAGCACCUGUGUCACCUGCUCUGCUUCACUCACCACCUGCCCACUUUGCCGCUCUCCCAUCCACUAUGCUGCCCCAGUCAUCCUGUAAUUCUUUAUUUUGAACCUGGACGCUGCUUGUAUUAAAAGUUUUCUUUUGGACAACACUAACAUCAAAGAUGGUAUGGAGUCAUUCCCUAUUGCUAAUUAUGGUGCUAACACACAACUUUUCUUUCUUGGGUAUUCUCAUGAAGUGGUCAUGAUAAUAGCUGUGGGUUCUAGUUAGGUAGAUGUCUAGCUGACUAAGAGCACAAAACAGUCCCAAGAUUAAAUGGUUUAGCAGUAAUUUACCAAAAAAGUUAUAUAAUCACCAGCUUUCUUUCUGUAAUUGUGAUCAAUGCAUUCUGUAAAAUUAUCAUAUUUAAAUCACUCCUAAAUCCUGUUUACUAAAACACUUUCAGUGACAAUGUGCAAUAAGAAGCAUAGCAUACAGUUGCCAUGUAGGCUGUGAAUGUUCUAAAUACAUCCCAAACAUUUAUCAUGAGUAUUUUAAUGAAGAUAAUAUGGACUUCAUGAUCUGGAGUAAUUUAAUUCAUAUAGUCAAGCCUCACUCUCUCAAAGGGCUGUGACAAAAGAGCCUCCACCUUUAAUUAUCCAUACAUUCCCUUCUUGUUUAAGUAUUCAGCCUCUUGGUGUUAGGAAAAAAAAAGAAAAAAGAAAAAAAAAGUUUGGCAUUUUAAUGACAAAACUUCACAUACACUAAAAAUGUGUGUGUGUGUGUGUGUGUGUGUGUGUGUGUGUGUGUGUGUGUGUGUGUGUGUGUGUGUGUGUGUGUGUGUGUGUGUGUGUGUGUGUGUGUGUGUGUGUGUGUGUGUGUGUGUGUGUGUGUGUGUAUUUACCUAGUUGUAUUUACCUAGUUGCAUUGUACAGGGCACAAGCCAAAGCUCAUUUUGUCCUGUCUCCAUAACCAUAUUUAUCCAGUUUCUCUUUAAACAUGUGUACUCUGUUUGCCACCACCAACCACAUCUCCCUUCAAAUUAUUCCAGAUUUCAAUAGUUCUAUACGGGAAGCUGUAUUUCUUGAUGUCGCUUGAACAUCCAUCCUUCUUUAUUUUCUUCCCAUACCCCCUCGUCUGUCUCUCUUCCUCCUCCAUCCGUGGUACCAAGUCAUUUCUGUCUGUUCUUUCUAUAUCAUUUGCUAAUUUGUUCAUUGUUAUAAGGUCUCUUCUUUCUCUUCUCUCUUGUAGUGUUGGUAAUCCCAUCUCUUCAAGUCUUUCAAGUCUCUUCAAGUGUGUGUGUGUGUGUGUGUGUGUGUGUGUGUGUGUGUGUGUGUGUGUGUGUGUGUGUGUGUGUGUGUGUGUGUGUGUGUGUGUGUGUGUGUGUGUGUGUGUGUGUG